CGAGCAGAGAUUAUCAUACAUUAGCGCCUCCUCUUCAUCAUGGCAGGCCCCUCCUCUUCCUCCUCGUGGCUCCUCCCACUGUGUGUUCAGGUGGUGAUGAUGAUGAUGAGGGUGGGCUUAAGCUCCGCCUCUGAGCUGACCUUCGAGUUGCCGGACAACGCUAAACAGUGUUUCUAUGAGGACAUCACCAUCGGCACCAAGUGCACACUCGAGUUCCAGGUGGUCACCGGGGGCCACUAUGACGUGGACUGCCGGCUGGAGGACCCUGAGGGGACGGUGCUCUACAAGGAGAUGAAGAAGCAGUACGACAGCUUCACCUUCAGCGCCGCUCGCAACGGAACCUACAAGUUCUGCUUCAGCAACGAGUUCUCCACCUUCACACACAAGACCGUCUACUUCGACUUCCAGGUGGGAGACGACCCGCCGCUCUUCCCCAACGAGAACCGGGUCACAGCGCUAACACAGAUGGAGUCGGCGUGUGUGUCGAUCCACGAGGCGCUGAAGUCAGUGAUGGACUAUCAGACACACUUCCGGCUGCGUGAGGCUCAGGGCCGCAGCCGCGCUGAAGACCUGAACAGCAGAGUGGCCUUCUGGUCGGUCGGGGAGGCGCUGAUCCUGCUGGUGGUGAGCGUCAGUCAGGUGCUGCUGCUGCGCUCCUUCUUCUCCGACCGCAAGACCACCACCACCCGCAUGGGUUCCUGAAGAACCUCGGAGGAAUGCUGCAGCUGCACACGCGUCACUGCAGACCAAACAUCACCCUAAUUUAUUCUGUAUGUGUGUGUGUGUGUGUGUGUGUGUGUGUGAGAACAUUAACAGAUGUGCAGACGCUUCAUCAAUAAACAUUAAUUCAGUUUCCACACACACACACACACACACACACACACACGCACACACACACGCACACACACACAUUUAUUUGCUGUAUGAUGUGAAAAAUAAUCUGAGUUGUUUUGUUCUGAUCGGUGUGUUUUAUAUUAGUUGUGUUUUUGUUUUGUUAUAGUGGUGUGUUGAUUUAUUUCCCUGUUGGAUUGGGCUGUAUAAUAAAUGUGGAGGAAGA